AAUUUCAGUAUUACUACAACCAUUCUUAUUGCUAUAAACAACUUGGAAUAUUUCAGUAAUCCUAAAACUUUAAAAUGGCCGGUUUAAAUGGAAAAUACGAACACAUCAAAAAUGAAAAUGUUCUUGAAUAUUUCAAAGGUGUUGGUGUAACUGAUGAAAUGAUCGAAAAAAUUGGAAAAUUACCAACAACCUUAGAAAUUACAAUAAGUGGUAAUUCUGUAACUUUAAAGAGUUCCAAAGGUACUACUUUUGAACUUGGUAAAGAAUUCGAGGACAAAAUGCCAACUGGUCAAGUAGCCAAGAGUGUUGCUACAUUGGAAGGAAAUAAACUUACCAUUAACUCAACACUUGAUGGCAAAAAAGGUGCCCGAUCAUACGAAACCACCGCUGAUGGACUUUUAGUCACCCUUACCGCUGAAGAAACUCCAAUUGUUGGCAAAAGAUACUACAAAAGAGUUUAAAUUUCUCAUAAACUAUUUUUGUAAUUAUUUAAAAUAUUUUGUUAUAAUUUUUAUAAUGUUUUAAUAAAAAUUAAUUCAAAGCA